CACCCGGGCGGACGUCCCAGUGGCCAGGGCGGAAAGCCAAGGGGCUGGACGUCCCUAAGGUCUGUCUCUGUCACGCUGUUCUUGGUACUACUACUGGCCUCUUUCAGACCUUAGAGGCUGCAGCCUUGGUCAUUCAACCCGGAGUUUGUCCCAGAGGUCAGUGGCGGGAGAUAAAUUUGGGACAGGUCGGCAUUUCGAGCUUUCCCAGGACAGGAGAAAACUGGCUCAGGUGCCGUUGUCCCGGCAGGCGGCAUCUCCUUCACCGUACCUCGGGUCCGCCCUGCGCCUCCCCCAGCUCCUCACGGGUUAACACCCCUCGCCGCCCGCUCGCUUCCCGGUGCCAAAGUGGGUGUUGCUGGAAUUCCUCUCUCCCUCUCCCGUAAUGAGGGGGCUGAGCUGUCCCUCCGAGGAGGGGGCAUGGUGUGGAUAAAAGAGACGAAAAAACAAGGAGAGGUUUCCAAAAAUAAAACCCUCCGGCUCCCCUUCAGAAGGCUACAGCGACGCGGAGAAGGCGCGAAGGUGCGGCAGCGGCGCGCGCCCAGCUGGAGACCAAGCGCGACUCCAGGCGCAGGGCGCACAGUCCCCCAUCUCUCUCGCCGCCCAGUCCUCGCUUCGGGGAGAACCCGGCCUGCAGUCUGACUCGGGGUCCCCCUAGACGAGGAGAAGCGGGCCGCCAGAAGGGGGCCUGAGCGCAGUCCGCGGGCGGCGGUCCGCACAGACUGCCCUUCCCGGGACGGUGCCCCGCGCGCACAGCUCUCACGCGGCCUCCGGCGCCAUGAGGCCGCCGACCACCGCCCCCUGCCCCGGGCACGCCCUGCGUACCCCCUGGAGGAGCUUUCUGCCUCUCACCCUGGCUCUCUUCGUGGGCAUGGGUCAUGCUCAGAGGGACCCGGUGGGAAGAUACGAGCCGGCUGGCAGGGACGCGAAUCGGCUGUGGCGCCCCGGGGACAGCCACCCUACAGGGGCCGCAGCCAAGGUGUACAGUCUGUUCCGGGAGCAGGACGCGUCUGUCCCAGGCUCGCCGCCCGCAGAGCAGUUUCAACCCGGCUGGGGGAGCUCCAGGAGGCCCGCUGAGGCGGAGGCCAGGAGGCCGCCCCGCGCGCAGCAGCCGCGUCGAGUACAGCCACCUGCGCAGACAUGGAGAAGCCAUCUCUUGGGCCAUCAACAGCCUGCACUCCGGGCCCGGGCCGCCUUGGCUCUCCCGCGCCUCGGGUCCCUGCAGCGAUCCCGGGCUGCGCCCCAAACCCCGCCGCGAGGGCGACUCACGGGAAGGAACGUCUGCGGCGGACGGUGCUGCCCAGGAUGGACGACAGCAAACAGCACCAACCACUGUAUCAAACCCGUGUGCCAGCCACCGUGCCAGAAUCGGGGCUCCUGCAGCCGGCCCCAGCUCUGCGUGUGCCGCUCUGGCUUCCGCGGAGUCCGCUGUGAGGAGGUCAUCCCCGAGGAGGAAUUUGACCCCCAGAACUCCAGGCCAGCACCUCGACGUUCAGUAGAGGGUUCACCCAACCUGCGGAGGAGCAGCCCAGCCAGAGAGAGCACUGUGGCCAGAACGCAGCCACUGGCACCACAGGCCAGGACCCUGAGUGAACUCAGCCAGACCCACGUCUCCCAGCAGCGCGUCGGGCCGUCCCGGACCGUCCGACUUUACCCGGCCACCUCAGCCAGUGGCCAGCUGACUUCCAAUGCCCUGCCCGCGGGCCCAGGCCUUGAGCAGAGGGAUGGCGCCCAGCAGGCAGCAUAUCUGGACCACUUGUCAUCCCCUUGGGGGCUGAACCUCACGGAGAAAAUCAAGAAGAUCAAGAUCGUCUUCACUCCUACCAUCUGCAAGCAGACCUGUGCCCAUGGGCACUGUGCCAACAGCUGUGAGCGUGGCGACACUACCACCCUGUACAGCCAGGGCGGUCACGGGCAUGACCCCAAGUCUGGCUUCCGCAUCUAUUUCUGCCAGAUCCCUUGCUUGAAUGGAGGCCGCUGCAUCGGCAGGGACGAGUGCUGGUGCCCCGCCAACUCCACCGGGAAGUUCUGUCAUCUGCCCGCCCCAAAGCUGGAAAGGGAGUCUCCGGAGAGGGACUCCCACCACAGGGCCUCAGUGGAAGUCCCCUUGAGGCAGUCCACCUUCACUCUGCCUCUCUCCAACCAGCUGGUCUCUGUGAACCCCUCCUUGGUGAAGGUGCACAUUCACCACCCGCCCGAGGCUUCCGUGCAGGUCCACCAGGUGGCACGGGUGCGGGGCGAGGCUGAGGAGGCGGCGGAGGAGAACAGUGUGGAGACCAGACCCUUGCCCCAGCUCCCCGCCAGCCCUGGCCACAGCUACUGGGACAGCAACAGCAUCCCUUCUCGACCUGGAGAGGCCCCUCGGCCACUGCCCCCAGCAGCUCCCAGGCCUCGGGGACUGCUGGGACGGUGUUACCUGAGCUCUGUGAAUGGCCAGUGUGCCAACCCCCUGCUAGAGCUGACUGCCCAAGAGGACUGCUGUGGCAGUGUGGGAGCCUUCUGGGGGGUGACCUUGUGUGCCCCAUGCCCACCCAGACCAGCUUCUCCAGUGAUUGAAAAUGGCCAGCUGGAGUGUCCCCAGGGCUACAAAAGGCUGAACCUCACUCACUGUCAAGAUGUCAACGAGUGCUUGACCCUGGGCCUGUGCAAGGACUCGGAGUGCGUGAACACUCGGGGCAGCUACCUGUGCACCUGCAGGCCUGGCCUCAUGCUGGACCCGUCAAGGAGCCGCUGUGUGUCGGACAAGGCUGUUUCCAUGCAGCAAGGGCUGUGCUACCGGUCACUGGGGCCUGGCACCUGUGCCCUGCCUUUGGCCCAGAGGAUCACCAAGCAGAUAUGCUGCUGUAGCCGAGUGGGCAAAGCAUGGGGCAGCAAGUGUGAGAAAUGCCCCCUGCCUGGCACAGAGGCCUUCAGGGAGAUCUGCCCUGCCGGCCAUGGCUACACCUACUCAAGCUCAGACAUCCGCCUGACCGUGAGGAAAGCCGAGGAGGAGGAACUGGCCAGGCCCUUGAGGGAGCAAGAACAGAAGAGCAAUUGGACCCUGCCCAGGCCAGCGGAGAGGCAACCGCUCCGGGCGGCCACCGGCACCUGGCUGGAGGCCGGGACCAUCCCUGACAAGGGUGACUCUCAAGCUGGCCAGGUCACAGCUAUUGUCACUCAAGAACCUACCUGGGUCCCAGGAGAUGCCACAGGAAGACCAACACCUCCACUGCCUGAACAGGGGACUCCAAAGACCUGGGAAGAAGUGCAAGCGACUACCCCCAUAGAUGUGCUGGUGACCCCGGGUCCCCCAGAUAUUGACAGAUGUGCCACUGGAGCCACCAACAUCUGUGGCCCUGGAACCUGUGUGAACCUCCCAGAUGGGUACAGAUGCAUCUGCAGCCCCGGCUACCGGCUGCACCCCAGCCAAGCCUACUGCACAGACAUAGACGAGUGUGAGCAGCCAGAGGCAUGCCACGGAGGGCAGUGCAUCAACACAGAGGGUUCGUACCACUGCAAAUGUGACAAGGGCUACAUCAUGGUCAGGAAAGGGCACUGCCAAGAUAUCGAUGAAUGCCGUCACCCUGACACCUGCCCCGAUGGAAGAUGCGUCAACUCCCCUGGCUCCUACACUUGCCUGGCCUGCGAGGAGGGCUACAGGGGCCAGAGCGGGAGCUGUGUAGAUGUGAAUGAGUGUCUGACUCCCGGGGUCUGUGCUCAUGGAAGAUGCAUCAACCUGGAGGGCUCCUUUAGAUGCUCUUGUGAGCAGGGCUACGAGGUCACCUCGGAUGAGAAAGGCUGCCAAGAUGUCAACGAGUGUGCCAGCAGGGCCUCGUGCCCCACGGGUCUCUGUCUCAACACUGAGGGCUCCUUCGCCUGCUCAGCCUGUGACAGUGGGUACUGGGUGAAUGAAGACGGCACUGCCUGUGAAGACCUAGAUGAAUGUGCCUUUCCUGGAGUCUGCCCCUCAGGCAUCUGCACCAACACUGCCGGCUCAUUCUCCUGCAGGGACUGCGACCAGGGUUAUCGGCCCAGCCCCUUGGGCCACACCUGUGAAGAUGUGGAUGAGUGUGAAGACCCCCAGAGCAGCUGCAUAGGAGGCGAGUGUAAAAACAUGGCUGGCUCCUACCAGUGCCUCUGUCCCCAGGGCUUCCAGCUGGCCAAUGACACCGUGUGUGAGGACGUGGACGAGUGCAUGGGAGAGGAGUACUGCGCACCCCACGGGGAGUGCCUCAACAGCCACGGGUCCUUCUUCUGUCUUUGUGCACCAGGCUUUGCCAGCGCAGAAGGCGGCACCAGCUGCCAGGAUGUGGACGAGUGUGCAGUCACAGACCGGUGUCAAGGAGGGCACUGUGUCAACACCGAAGGCUCCUUCAACUGUCUGUGUGAAACUGGCUUCCAGCCGUCCCCAGAGAGCGGGGAGUGUGUGGACAUUGAUGAGUGUGAGGACUACGGAGAUGGAGACCCGGUGUGCGGGGCCUGGAGGUGUGAGAACAGCCCUGGCUCCUACCGCUGUGUCCUGGGCUGCCAGCUUGGCUUCCACAUGGCCCCUACUGGAGACUGCAUUGACAUAGAUGAGUGUGCCAACGACACUGUGUGUGGGAGCCACGGCUUCUGUGACAACACUGAGGGAUCCUUCCGCUGCCUCUGUGACCAGGGCUUUGAGACCUCGUCCUCUGGCUGGGAUUGUGUUGACGUGAAUGAGUGUGAGCUCAUGCUGGCGGUGUGUGGGGCGGCGCUCUGUGAAAAUGUGGAGGGCUCCUUCCUAUGCCUCUGUGCCAGCGACCUGGAGGAGUAUGAUGCUCAGGAGGGGAGCUGCCGCCCACGGGUGGCCGGAGGUCAGAGUAUCCCUGAGGCCCCGCCAGGGGACCGCCUCGCAGGCCCCAUCCGCAUGGAAUGCUACUCUGGGCAUGAGGGCCAGCUGCCCUGCUCCAGGCUCCUCAGCCAGAACACUACACAGGCCGAGUGCUGCUGCACCCAGGGUGCCAGCUGGGGAGAAGCCUGUGACCUCUGCCCAGCUGAGGACUCAGUUGAAUUCAGCGAGAUCUGCCCUAGUGGAAAAGGUUACAUCCCUGUGGAAGGAGCCUGGACAUUUGGACAGACCAUGUACACAGACGCUGACGAGUGUGUGAUGUUCGGGCCUGGUCUCUGCCAGAAUGGACGGUGCCUCAACACGGUACCUGGCUACAUCUGCCUGUGCAAUCCUGGCUACCACUACGAUGCCACCCGCAGGAAGUGUGAGGAUCACGAUGAGUGCCAGGACAUGGCCUGUGAAAAUGGCGAGUGUGUGAACACAAAAGGCUCUUUCCACUGCUUCUGUAGCCCACCCCUCACCCUGGACCUCAGCCAGCAGCGCUGUGUAAACAGCACCAGCAGCAUUGAGGACCUGCCUGACCACGACAUCCACAUGGACAUCUGCUGGAAAAAAGUCACCAAUUAUGUGUGCAGCCAACCUCUGCAUGGGCACCGCACCACUUACACAGAAUGCUGCUGCCAGGACGGUGAGGCCUGGAGCCAGCAGUGUGCUCUGUGCCCUCCCAGGAGCUCUGAGGUCUAUGCUCAGCUGUGCAAUGUGGCCCGGAUCGAAGCAGAGCGGGAGGCUGGGGUCCACUUCCGGCCAGGCUAUGAGUAUGGCCCCGGGCCUGAGGACCUGCACUACAGCCUCUAUGGCCCAGAUGGGGCACCAUUCUACAACUACCUGGGCCCUGAGGAUGCCAUCCCUGAGCCACCCUUUCACAACACAGCCAGCCACCCAGGGGACCAUGCACCGAUCCUUGAGUCUCCCCUGCAGCCCUCAGAACUCCAGCCCCACUAUGUGGCCAGCCAUCCAGAACACGCAGCGGGUUUCGAAGGGCUUCAGGCAGAGGAGUGUGGCAUCCUGAAUGGCUGUGAGAAUGGACGCUGUGUGCGUGUGCAGGAAGGCUACACCUGUGACUGCUUUGAGGGAUUCCAGCUGGACAUGGCCCACAUGGCCUGUGUGGAUGUGAAUGAAUGUGAUGACUUAAAUGGGCCUGCUGCACUCUGCGCCCAUGGUCACUGUGAGAACACAGAGGGCUCCUACCGCUGCCACUGCUCCCCAGGUUAUGUGGCCGAGGCAGGCCCCCCGCACUGCAUCGCCAAGGAGUAGCAGUGAGGGGUCAGUGUGGGCAGCUACCUGGAAAUUGGCAUCAGGCGGGAGCCUUGAGGACUCUUUCCUAGCUGGGAAGACACCAUGAAGGCUUCAAGCAGGAGGCCCUGCAGCCCCACUCCCAGCCAGCUGUGCCUGCUUUUCAUCUCUCCCAGCUUAGGUUCUGGCUGUGAGCUUCUGUCACUGCCUCCAUGCUGCCAUGCCCUUGCUUGGCUCAAACACCACCAAAUGCUUUAAUACCAUGUCACUGGCCAUGAGGCCCAGUCCACCAUCUGUCCUGGCCUUGCUAUGGGAUGCUUACCAAAGGAUGGCCUUCAUCUUCCCUUCAAGCUGUGCAAACAUGCAAGGUCCUUCGGCCUCACUGUAGACACCCUGUUCCAGCCAUGAUGAUCAUCCCGAUGAUCUCAAAACUGGGUCAGAGGCUACACCUGUCCUGGGGUGGUACUUCAGAAUCUAUGGAGUAAAAAAGGAUUGGAGGAAGUCUGGGGAGUGACUCCAAUGCUCUUCCCCUAAGAACCAUCACUACCACUCAGCCAGUCUGGUCUAAACCAGAUUUUGCCACAUCUCCAUCCUGUAGCCACUUCUGUGUCCCCAGAGAGGGGCAGAAGAUCCCCUCGUCUCAGAGAAGAGAGACUGGUACUAGCUUGCUGAGGGUGAGACACACAAAUGAAGGGGAGCGAGGAGCCUAAGAAAGCAAGAGGGCAAUAUUAAAAAUAUAGGAUGUUGAUAAGGGGGAGCCAGGACUUUACACAAGCCUAAAGAAAAUCCUCAACAGCUUUGAGUAAACAUUCAAAAUCUAUCCAGCAAUAGUUCCUGUGCACCACAAGGGCUGCCGCAAGACAGGGUGCCCAUCUCCGAAAAUCUGUAUUAAAUACAUACUGGUCCUUACAGAAAACAAAAUCUCUCCUCGGCUCUCUUUUCGCAGACACUAGCUUGAUGUGCUAAAAAUAAAGAGUUCUAUUUUCUAGCUUGUGAAAUACAGUGUAGUCUUGUUUUAGGGGAAGCCAGAUUUCCUGUGUUGUUUGUCCUCUUUACUCAGAAUCCUCUGCCCUCUUCCCCUUCAUCAAAUGGCUGGCUGGCAUUCCUCUGAGUUUACAAGUGGAGACCUACUCCAACCUUGGCUAGAUGGGAGCUUAGAUCCACAAUGGAAUAAAAAAAUGUAUAUCUGG